GGCAGAAAAGCAUUUGAGUGAAAGACCGACUGAGACGCAAGAUGAUUCCAGCCACUUUUAAGCUCUGUGCGGCAAUCUCCUACCAGCAUGUUCGAACAAUAACAGGCUUGAGGCAUUCAGCAAUGGCAGCCCUGGGACACAAGCUGAAUCAUCUCAGGCUGGGGAACCAAGGGCCCGGCACGUGGAUAAAUCUGGUUCGGAGAAGGAACUCCCUGAUCAGCUGCAGGCUUGAAGACAAUCCUUAUUCUGAGGCGGAGAUGGCCUAUGUUAAGCAAGGUCAAGAAGCACUGCAUAAAUCCCUCUCCAUCCUCCAGGAUACAAGUGGGUGGAAGACAGAGAUGGAAGCGAUAAACGGUGACAAAGUGGUCAGUAAGACGCUUCCAGAUAUCGGCAAAGUCUUCAAGCUCGAGGUUGUGAUGGAUAAGCCCACCGAUCUGCUCUACAGUGAACUGUUCGACAGAGUUGAACAAAUGGGAGAGUGGAACCCAAACGUUAAACAAGUGAAGAUACUGAAGAGGAUUAACAAGGAAACAAUGGUUACCUAUGAGGCUUCUGCGGAAACUGCGGGCAAUGUGAUCAGCCCACGGGACUUUGUCAGCGUGCGCUAUGCCAAGAGACGUGGCUCGACUUGCUUCCUAGCGGGGAUGUCCACGCACUGCAACCUGAUGCCUCAGCAGAAUGGUUUUAUAAGGGGUGAGAAUGGACCCAACUGCAUUGUCCUCCGUCCCUCCGCAGAAGAUCCAAAUAAGACCAAGUUCACAUGGCUCCUGAGCAUCGAUCUAAAGGGCUGGUUGCCCAAGUCUCUCAUCAAUCAGGCCCUUUGUCAAACCCAAGCAGACUUUGCCCAGUGCCUGCGCCAGCACAUGAACUCCAAAGCUGCUGCAAACAGUUACUGAAACGCAUUGCAUUCUUUCACGGGUGGAGAUCGCCAAGAAACAUUUCUGUUAGACUGCAACCUACUUCUACAAAGAUCUUUUGGCUUCAGUCAAAAUCCACUUUGUGGCUCGCUGGAACAAAUAUCCAAAUCAAAGAAAGGAUUCACCAGCACUGAAAAUCUUUAAUAUUUAUGAGGCUUUAGUUAAAACAAUGGUAUUCAUUAUUUUUAACUCAGUCAAAGGAAUGAUGUUAUUGAUGGUCAAGUAAACCUUUUCUUUACCCUGGCUGUCAGUGCUCUCAAGCCAAAAUGGGUUCGGUAUAGAAUGGUCCCACUGUUCAGAAAAAUUCAAAGUGGUUCCUGACAGCAUUAUUUCUCAUUACAUAAAAUACCUACGAAAAUAUCUAAGAAAUAUCUAAGAAACCAUGUAGUGUUGUGGGUUUAUUGUGUCAUUCAAUAUAAAAUUUCUGUAGGAA